AGCUCAUUUUAUGAUUCUGGCAUUAUCGGAGAGAGGAGUUUGAUAAUAAGUUGAAUCUCCGCGCCCUCUAUCGCCAUCUUGUGCUCACGUGACAUUGACUCACUAUCCGUCCGGCCCCAGAGCCGUGCGCUGCAGCCAGUCUGUUGUAUCUUGUGUUUUACAACUCUUUCCAAAGACAGUUUUUCUAGUGAAAUAGAAACUAUAUCUGUGGUAAAUUCUUUCAAGAAGAGGAAGGAGAGAUGAGGCGAAUCUCCGAGGACUCAUGGGAUAAUGCCCCAAGUCCGGAAAUCAUCAAUAUAAUGGAUGACUAUUACGAGGAGCAUGAAUUUGACGUGAUGGUCAGCGGAGAACAGCAAGCCCUUCAGGCGGAGCGACUCCUGGAUGCUGAUCCUGGCCCAUCUACAAGCGAAGGGCCCCCGGGUGAGAAUAUCAGCGACGAAUACAUCCUAAUUCUGCGUGAAUGUAUCCGCUUUGCUCAGAAUCAUCCGCAAAAUAACCAGGCAUCGGAAGAUCCAGAACAUUUGGAGCAUGGUGUUAACAUGGGUCUACUUGUGACCGAAAACUCUGGAGGCAAUUUCACAAAUCGACAGCAAAGCCUUGCGACAGAGCCGAGCCCAAACAAUGAGUGUAUUCUGCAUUCUCAGACUCACCGUGAUGACAACCAGGACUCCGGAGACAGCCUCACAAAUGGACAUCUGAGCCCCGAAACUGAGAGAAACCUGAAUUCCCAGAUUGAAAGAAGCCCAACUAAUCAUUUAUGUGAGAUUCGGAAUGCCCAGUCUCGCCGUGAAGAUGAGGACCAAAUUGCAGAAGAUCCAGUGCAAGAUUUGGAUGCUUCCAAUAUUUUAAGUGAUAUUCCGGGACAUUCAAGGGCCAAUAUUGACGAAACCGAUAACACAGCAAUUGUAGAGCUCCAGGAAGGGACCGAUAAAGGGAGAAAAAGGAAAAAUAAAUUAAGUGAGGAAAGGAAUGGAGAGUCUUUUAAACGCCAGUGUAUAGAGACUAUUCAGGCUGAAAGCUCUAGCACUGUUAGUUCUCCCAACCAUUCCUCGGUCGGCGAGGAUGACUUCAGCAACCUACGGUAAAAAAUGAAUUGCCUGAUGACUUUAUCAUCAUCACUGGUUAAGUUCAGAGCGCAGAAUUUCCUGUUGCUUUCAGUUCUGAGCAGCUAGCAGGCUUAUGCACUCGCCACCAAGUCUGACACGCUCCGCCCGCUCAUGCUCUGCGCCCCGUGAUCAAUCACGGGGCGCAGAGCAUGUACGUGCGGAACGUUUCAGACCUGGUGGCGGGGCCAUGGUUCUGCUAGCAAGGAAAUUCCAGGUAAGGUGUAAGGAUGAAAGGAGAGGGAUGGUGAAAGGGAGAGGGAGGGGGGAGGGAGAGAGGGGAGAGGGAAGGAGAAAAAAAGGGCUGUCCUUUUUUCCUCUCCCUCUCUUCCUCCCUCUCUCUGUUUCCCCUUCCCUCUCCCUUUCACUAUCCCUCCCCCUCUCCCGCUACUGGUCGCAAGAUCAACCAAAACAGGAUGCGAUGACUUACAUCACAAGUGAGUCCAGCAGAUGUCGCCUCGCCGGAAAGAGACGACGCGCGAAUUUGCCGAAGGCCUUUUCGCUGCAUUGCGUCUUCUGGACAUGGAGAAGCAAUAAAGCGAAAAGGCCUUCGGCAAAUUCGCGUUUUCUUGGUCUUCCCUUUGUUGUUCCUUUUGCAGUACACACGCACGCACGUUCCCGUUCCACAUACAUACAGAAGCAC